GCCCUUGGGACCUCUGUGCUCCGCGGGACCCUAGGCCUGCGGGCAGGACCCACAGCGGGGCCACACGGAUCUCGCCACAGGUUACUUCUGCGGGUUGCCUAGCCACUACUUCGCCAAUGAAGUACAUCCUGGUCACUGGUGGGGUCAUCUCCGGCAUUGGCAAAGGGAUCAUCGCCAGCAGCAUCGGGACCAUCCUCAAGUCCUGCGGGCUCCGAGUUACAGCCAUCAAGAUCGACCCCUAUAUUAACAUUGAUGCGGGGACCUUCUCACCCUACGAGCACGGCGAAGUGUUUGUCUUAAAUGAUGGUGGAGAAGUUGAUCUGGAUCUUGGAAAUUAUGAGAGAUUCUUGGAUAUUAAUCUCUAUAAAGACAACAACAUCACCACUGGGAAGAUCUAUCACCACGUGAUCAAGAAGGAGCGGCGCGGAGACUACCUGGGGAAGACAGUACAAGUCGUUCCCCACAUCACCGACGCCAUCCAAGAAUGGGUCAUGAAUCAGUCCAAGGUGCCAGUGGAUGGGAACCGGGAAGAGCCCCAGAUCUGCGUCAUAGAGCUGGGAGGCACCAUCGGGGACAUCGAGGGCAUGCCGUUUGUGGAAGCCUUCAGGCAGUUCCAGUUCAAGGCGAAGAGAGAGAAUUUCUAUAAUAUCCACGUCAGCCUGGUCCCUCAGCCCAGUGCCACCGGGGAACAGAAAACCAAGCCUACUCAGAACAGUAUCCGGGCGCUGAGAGGGCUGGGCCUGUCUCCGGAUCUGAUCGUCUGCCGAAGCUCCACGCCCAUCGAGAUGGCCGUGAAGGAGAAGAUCUCCAUGUUUUGUCACGUGAAACCUGAACAGGUCAUGUGUAUCCACGACGUGUCUUCCACCUACCGAGUGCCUGUGCUCCUGGAGCAGCAAGGCAUCGUGCAGCACUUUAAGGAGCGGCUGGACCUGCCCGUGGGCGACUCCUCGAGCGGCCUGCUGCUGCGGUGGGGGAACAUGGCCGACAGGUAUGAAAAGCUGCAGAAGACCUGCUCCAUAGCCCUGGUCGGGAAGUACACCAAGCUCCGGGACUGCUAUGCAUCUGUGUUCAAGGCCCUGGAGCACUCGGCCCUGGCUGUCAACCACAGGCUCAACCUCAUGUACAUAGACUCCAUCGACCUGGAGCAGGACACCAAGGCCCAGGACCCCGUGAGGUUCCACGAAGCCUGGCAGAAGCUGUGCACGGCUGACGGUGUUCUUGUGCCCGGAGGCUUUGGACUGAGAGGAACGUUGGGGAAAAUGCAGGCGAUUUCUUGGGCAAGGACAAAGAAGAUUCCCUUUCUGGGAGUCUGCCUCGGGAUGCAGCUGGCUGUGAUAGAGUUCGCGCGAAAUUGCCUGGACAUGGAAGAUGCUAAUUCCACAGAGUUUGAGCCCAGCACCCCCGUCCCUUUGGUGAUCGAUAUGCCAGAACACAACCCCGGGGAGCUUGGCGGGACCAUGAGGCUGGGGCUAAGAAGAACUGUCUUCAAAACCCAGAACUCAGUACUGAGGAAACUGUACGGCGAUGUCCCUUUCAUUGAGGAGAGACACAGGCAUCGGUACGAGGUGAACCCUAGCCUGAUCAGCCACUUUGAGCAGAAAGAUCUGGCCUUUGUGGGUCAGGAUGUUGACGGGAAUCGGAUGGAAAUCAUUGAACUGGCAAAUCAUCCCUAUUUUGUUGGUGUCCAGUUCCACCCUGAGUUUUCUUCCAGGCCGAUGAAGCCUUCGCCUCCCUACUUGGGGCUCCUGCUCGCAGCCACAGGGAACUUGCGCGCCUACCUGCAGCAGAUGGGCCCGCCACCCCCCAGUGAUGAAUACAGCAACGAGAAUGGUGACAGCUACGCGCAGCCCAGGAUGGCCGAGCUGGAGAUCAGCUGACUCGAGUGCAGUUCGGGGAGCGAAGGGCUGCCGGCGAGGUUGCAGUGCAGGUGAAGGAACUGUCUGAAGACGUCAGCGCACAUCCAGAGCCACUGUUCGCCACACUGGAUGUAGAGGCUCGGCGGGACUCUGGAGCUUCCUCCCCGGAACCGGAAGCCAGGGUUUGCCCUUCCUUCCUGGGCGGCCCCUGUGGGUCAGAUUUCUAUAGCUGAUUAAACUUUCUGCAAUAGCCCUGUG